GUCACUGUGAACCCGUCCAUUGUUCGCCCUUUAUACUGAAACUUCCCCUGAUAUGAGCAGGCAGGAGUCCCCGGCACCCGCACUCAGUAACCCAACGCCGGGGAGGUCCGCCUCACUCUCCGCUAAACCAGUCUGACGUCUCCGCGUGAUGAAGGGGAAGUGAAGGACUGUUGUCCAACUUUUAAAUCAAGUUGACUCCUCUGUUGUUGCUUUGCAACCCACCGUGUUUUUUGUAUCAUUUUGUUUUUUUCUGCCAACACUGAGCAUGAACAUGUUCAGAAGAGAUAAAGGCUCGACAGCCUCAACUCCAGUGGUCCCACCAAGACCCAGCAAGGAGGAGCUAGACAAUCCGAUCACGCACAGUCUGAGCAAACAGGAUGAAGGACUGACGGCGGCCUCGCAGAAGAGCGGGGUGAUGGGAGUUAUGCAGAAGGUCAACCCAUUCAAGUCCACCUCGCAGGCCCCCUCCACAGUCAGCAAAGCCCCUUCCUCAGAAUCUCUAGAACAGGGAAAAGACUCCACACAGAACCCUGGUAUGCUGAAAGGGGUCAUGCAGAAGGUCAACCCAUUCAAGUCUACCUCCCAGGUCUCAAAAGCUCCAUCUUCAGAGUCCCUGGAGCAGGGGAGGGUUUCAGACUCUAAUCAGGUGGAUGAAAAGAACCCGGGUAUGUUCAAGGGAGUGCUGCAGAAAGUCAACCCUUUCAAGCCUUCCACACAGGUGCCAAAGAGCGAUCCUGAAUAUGAUUCUGCAGAUCCACCAGAGGCAGGAAAAGAACUUCAAGACAAACAGAAUCCAGGGAUGAUCGCAGGCAUGAUGCAGAAAGUCAACCCAUUCAAAUCCUCGCAGCCAAAGGACCCCCGGCCUCUAAACAGUGAGCUGUCCUCCAGCGACGGGAGCUUAGCAGAUAAUAACAACGUGCCAGAGAAGCAGAACCCUGGAAUGUUCAAAGGGAUGAUGCAGAAAGUAAACCCCUUUAAGUCUUACACACAGAUGCCAGACGAGGAAUGUCAGACUGACUCAGCGGUUCCUGCUUCCUCAUUAAAGACACAGGUACGGACUUUCAGGAUAAGGAGGAUUCUGCCCAAUGCAUUGUUUGGGUCCGGGACAAAGGACUCUGGAACAGCAUCCUCUGAAACUGCCCAGGAAACAGUGGAAGUUCAGACACUAGAGAUGGCUGAAGUUCCAGUGCCCAGUGAAGGAACAGUCCUGGACCCUCUAGAUGAUGAGGAUGGCCUUUUAGCGUGGUGGAGAACAGUGGAGGGCUGGGAAGAGUGGAAUGAGGCAAACCAGAAUGAUGAAGCUGAAGAAGUGGUGGAAGAAGCAGCUGAUCGCGUCUUCAUGGCCGCUCGUCUUUUUGUCCGCUUCUUCAACCAGCGCGGCGCCUCGCUCCAGCAGCGCAUCCUGGAGCUGCUCUCUUUGGCCGACGCGGCCGACAUUUUCCACAAGAAAACGGUCACGGCCAGCGUCGGCGGUGGCGUGGCCAGCUUAAAAAACAUCCACCAGGAAAACAACAACAACUCCAUAUCUUAA